AUGAAUGAAGAUAAGAGGCGAUAUCAGGAAACAUCAGAAUGUGAUCUCAUUUCUCCUCAUAAUUCAUUACAGGUGUCACGGGAAUUAGAACAUCUUCCAGACCAUCAUACUACAUCCUCAAGGAAGGCAUUGUUUAAUAGUUUCCGGAGUUACUCAAGCAAAUUUAAAAUUAGUUGUUUAAAAGUGCCUCUUACCGAUGGUAAAGUCGAAGACAUGAUUCAAAGGGAUCAGAGUAAAAGUUUCUGCUUCAUAAUGUGUAAUAAUGAAGGAGAGUUUAAAAGCAACAAUUUAUAUGCCUUACUAGAUGACCUUGAAAGUGGGAGCGCUAAAAAUGAAAAGGAAGCUAUUAGAGAGCAUUUCAAUGAAUUGUUCCCCUAUAAUUCAGUCAGUUCAAAGCAAAAAAUUCACAUAAUUUAUGCCUUAUUAAAUAAACAUGUAUUAACUGGUUCAUUGUGCUUUAAGUUGAAUAUAAAUUUUAACUUUUUACCAUAUGAUCUGAGUCGAUUACUAGAUCAGAUAUUGUUGAAGUUAAGCGGUCACUUGUGUUUACGAAAAUAUAAUAUACAUAGACGGUUGAAUGAUCACAAUUUGUGUAAAUCGUUAAAGGGGAUCUCUCAUAAUGUUGAUUUCAGUUUAAAAGAGUUUGAAAAUCGAUCACAAGAUGGAAUGGACUUAUUCAAAAUAAUAGUGCAUGCCGAGAGCAAUUUACUUGAGUUAAAUGUACUCACUAACUCUAACUGGUUCAAUACAUGCAAGUGUCAGUCAGAAAACAAAAUAACUGUGGACGCAACAAGUAAGCAAGAUGGGAACACCAAGCUAGACGAUGAAGAGUUAUCUUCGUUAGCGGUAACAUCAAGAUCUUACUUACCAGUUGAAAAUAAGCGGGAAUUACCUUUCAACUCACUGCUAAAAUAUCCUUUCUACUUAAUUCAUAUAAUAAAUUGUAGAAAUAAGUUUGAAAACUCUUCCAGAACAGUCAAAUACUCUAAGACAUGCCUCAGUACCUAUUCAGCUACACAGCUAGGCGAUUCAUUUGAUCAGAAUACCAAUAGAAAGCCCUCAAUUGUUGUUCUGAAUGAUUUUCAGGAAUUAUAUAGCGUAUUAAUGGCUGAUCGCCACAGUAAACAAAUCGAUUGCAAACAGAUGAAGACUUUGACAUACCAGUCAUACUGUUCACAGCUCCAUGACACCUGGUUAUACAAAAUGAGCCAACAGUUGAAGAGUUGCUCAUCUCUACAAAACAUCAUUAAAAAACAAAAAUUCAGUGAAACAUGUUUGACGAAGUAUUCGCAUUGCUCGUCUUUUGGUAAAAGGGAUAGGGCUUCUGAGGACAGAAACCUUCUCAAAGGUGAUAACAAUAACAGUAAUAACAAUAAUAAUAAUAAAAAUAAAAAUGAGGAUAAUAAAAAAAACCGAAGUAAAACCCUCCCAGACAUCAUUUACCAAAAUGGUAAACUUGAUAAAAUAUUCCAGCAUAAAUAUAUACAAAAAUCAUGUACUGGGAGAGUGUUGGGUCGGCAUAAACCCGUUAUGCAUCAUUUGUGUCAAUGGAAUUCUUGUAUGCACAUUCAAUUCGCCGUUAAAACCACCGAGGCUGUAAUGCAUGAUUUAGAGAAUCAAAUCCAAAUGAAAGACGUACAUCAAAUAUUAUUUUUUGAAGAUGAGGCGGUCAAAAAACCUACCAGUGAAUUUAAAAAGAAGACGUAUGCUGAAGACAACAUGUUGACUGAUCAGCUGAGGGAUAGACUUCAGCCUGACGAGAAAUUCUCCUCGAAAACUCUAGGCGAUGAAGAAAAUAAGGCGGCGAUGCAUGUUGGUACUGUCAGUAAAACUGACGAUGAAGUCAUAGAGGGAAAAUCGAAACAGAAAAUUUCCACUACUGAGGAUAAAAAACGCAUGACAGCUGAUACACUUCUUGACAAAACACAGCCAGAGAAGCUUAGACUGGCUAGUGAAACUGAUGAUGCCUUACAAAAGAAAAAUGGAAAAAUUCGAUCAAGUGAAUUCGAUCAGGCUGAACUUCAUGAAAGUCAUUACACAGAUACACAGCUUAGAGCAGCUAGCGGAUUCGGUGUACAAAUGAGAAUUGGUGAAGAAACAGGAGAAAAUGGCGGUGGACUUCUUGAUACUCGUCGUCAAAAUCAACGUGAGAAGGCAAAGCAUUCAAAAACAACGCCUAAAAAAGUUUAUGGAACAUCUAAAGAUGACGAUAAGGAUGGUGAUGAUGAUGAUAAAAAACGCGCAACAGGAACUCGUAAGUCUGCUGACAUACCGAAACAACAUGAUGAAGGUUUAAGAUAUGAAAUUUCACCUGAUAAGCCUGACCGUAUGCUAUUUAGCGAUAACAGUGACACUAUCAGCCCAGAGUUCUAUGAUCCGAAUGAAGUAAAAACUAGUGCUAUGCCUGAUACUCACUCAGAAAUGACUUUAACUUGGGUCGGAGAAGAUACGUCAAAGCAUGGUAAGCGUAUACUGGAUGAAUUCGAGAAGGUUUCAAAAUAUCCUGAAACACCAUCUCCUGUUGAAGUGACACAUGCUAAAGUAGCUGGUCAUAAGAAGACUAGUUCUCCUGACUACUUAACACAGGUAACCUCAGAAGGUUUAUCCGGCUACUGGGAAAAAUCAGUCGAUGGUGUAAAGAUCCCUUCAACUGCUGAUCACCUUGCACAAUCUCAUGAUCAGUUGUCAUAUAAAGCAGAUGGGAAAUACAAAAGUACUUCUGUGUCAGUAGACGAAUCAAAAGACAGAGAUCUAAGUACACAUGACAUAUCAGGCAAAAAGGCGACGGUCUCCGGUAGAUAUGAUAAGAAAUCCCCGCAAUUCAGGAAAACACUAGCAAGUGAUAAUCUCUCUGAAACUUCUUUACAGGGUACGCUCGGUAGUGCAGAAAAGACUUCGUCAGCGGCAGCAGGAGCAGCAGCAUAUGAGAAAUCAAAAGCACACGAAGCAUCUGAAGACUUACCCUGCGAAUCUAAACAUGAAACUGCAAGCGGAUCUCUUAAUGAUCUAGAUAAUUCUUUUAGUGAAUUUUUAAAAUUGACUCAAGGGUUUGAUAAAAGUCACACUGUUUUUAUAAAAUCAGAUGACAUUCAAGGCUAUCCUAGUUAUUUAGAUUAUCAGACAGGUGAACAAAUUUCAAAGAUAGACAGCAUUACAGACAGGAAAGAGAUUACUUCACCGAUUGAUGAUGGUAAAAUGUACGCCGGUAGGCUAUCAGCGAAGCUAACUUCGCUAUCACUUGAUAAGGACUAUUCUGUUGAAGUUGAAGACUCGUCGAAACUGCAUACAUAUGAUCAAUUGAAAAAAGCAAGUAUGGCAGACUCUCGAUUUGAUGAUAGACGUGAAAUUAUGACUGAACACCUGGAAUACGAGAGAAAGCAACUUCCUGGUCAUAGACAAUUUGAAACCAUUGAACCAUUGAACAAAACUGCCGGCAUAUUUGAAUAUUUACCAAUGAAUGCAUAUGAAUUGACACCAAAUGCAAUUGAAUCUUUAGCGUUUGAUAUUUCCAUGAUAGAAGGCAUACAAGAAUCAACUACACUGCCAAUAACCAAACAUAUGAAAAAAUACGAUGCCAAAGAUUUCAGUAAAAUUAGUACGACCAAAUUCUAUGAAUUACAGCAGGAUACAUAUAGUAGUCAUAUGAAACAGAAAGAGGACAUGCCUUCUCACCUUCUUCUUCUCUCUGAUGAUUAUACAGCUGAAUGCUUCAGUGAUACUGACCUCCUAGUCGAUAUUAAAAAGCAGGCGAAGUCAACAAAGCCUAAACGACACACUAUACAGCAUACUGGUGUGCGUAGGAAGCGACCGGAAAGACGAUUAAUCCCCUGUGCGCAUAAAAUUCCCCUACAACUUGAUAUGCAAACAAGAGCACAUUUACGUCGGAAAAUUAAACACUGUCGUAAGAAAAUCAUUGCAAAACACUUGGAUCUAUAUAAAAGACAACAAAAACUAUUAACACAUCGUUUUGAUUAUGAGUACUAUUCAUUGAAUCAUGAAAAGAAUAAAGAAUUAGCUAAAGAAAUUGAAGAAAUGCAAAAGGUAGUGAAUGAUUCCUCACAGAAAUUACGUGAUAAUUACAUCAGCUCACCGUAUAAUGCUGAUUACAUGUCCACAGAGAUAUCAAAAUCCAAUGGAUUAACACCGGAACGUUUAGCUGCAUUAGGCUGUUUCAUUCUACCGAAUUCAAUCAACCAGCCGGUUAAUCCUCAAUGGUAUGAGGUCAUUCGUCAUCAGUUGAUGGAGCCUCAUCAACCGAUGAAUUCUUUUAUAAAAUUUCCCGGGGGACAAUAUUGUCAACCGUUGAAAAAAACUGAACAAAUUCAUGCGGACUUUUUAAAGAAUUCUACUAAUGUACAACAGUUUUUUUCGUUUACUAAACCAAAAAGUUUGACACAGUUAUAUAAUAAUAAAGAGGAGAAAUCACUUUCUCUUAGUGAAGAUAAAUCACUGAGUAGUGGAUCAAUUCGUCGACGUCGACGUUGUAGUAGUACAAGUAGUGGUCGGAGAAUGAUAAUCAAUACAAAUCAUCAACUUGAUGAUGGUCAGUAUGGAAUUAGAUCGCUGAAUAAUUGUGCUUUACUUUCAUCUAAAGAUUAUUUGAGAUCACUACUGUCGUCUAAGAAGAUUUCUCAAAGAAAGUUGAAUAAUUCUCGACGAAAUGCUACUACUUCUUCUACUACGAAACAUUUACAUCCUCUUCGACCUUAUGAGGAGUUCGACUCCUUAGAAAAUCUCUACACACUAAAGGCAAGAAUAUAUUCCCUGAUAGAUUGUGAAGAGGAAGGCGUACAAACAUGUGGUGUGGACGCGGUAACAUUUACAAAGGAUAGACAACAUAUUAUACCAGUAUUAGAGAAGUGUGUAAAAAUAAUGAGAAGUGAAAAUUCCUCACAGUUGAAAUUAUUAACUUUUAGAGUUAUGAGUAAAUAUGAUAGAGGGAAUGAGAUUUUAAGCGACUACUCAUGA